UCAGUAGGGUUGUGGAGCAGCAGAGCAGUGUGGUAGGAGAAAAGAAGAGCUGUAAAUCAAAGGUCGGUGAGGGAACGGUUCCCUUCUGCCGGUGCCCAUGGACGACGCCCAGGAACAACACCCCCCCCACUAGGACGACAUAUAUUCGACGGGCAAGGCUUUGUUCCCCCGGUUCCUCUAGCUGGACGGUUAACAUAUAAUGGAACGGGCGAUGGAGCAGCUCAACGUACAGCUUAGCCGGCUGACCCGCUCCCUCCGCCGGGCCAGGACGGUGGAACUCCCGGAAGACAAUGAGACUGCAGUGUACACACUCAUGCCGAUGGUCAUGGCUGACCAGCACAGGUCAGUGUCAGAGUUGCUGCUCAACUCCAAGUUUGAUGUGAACUAUGCCUUUGGUCGAGUGAAGAGGAGUCUGCUACACAUCGCUGCCAACUGUGGCUCAGUGGAGUGUCUGGUUCUGCUGCUGAAGAGAGGGGCCAACCCAAACUACCAGGACAUCUCCGGCUGCACCCCCCUGCACCUCGCUGCCAGGAACGGCCAGAAGAAGUGUAUGGGAAAACUUCUGGAAUUUAAUGCUGAUGUCAACAUCUGCAACAAUGAGGGACUGACCGCUAUCCAUUGGCUGGCGGUCAACGGGAGGACGGAGCUGCUCCAUGAUCUGGUGCAGCACGUCACCAACGUGGACGUGGAGGACGCCAUGGGGCAGACAGCUCUACACGUGGCCUGUCAGAACGGACACAAAACUACGGUGUUGUGUCUUCUGGACAGUGGAGCCGACAUCAACCGGCCCAACGUCUCCGGAGCCACGCCUCUUUACUUCGCCUGCAGCCAUGGCCAGAGAGACACGGCGCAGAUCCUGCUCUCUCGAGGAGCCAAAUACCUCGCUGACAAGAAUGGAGUCACCCCUAUGGAUCUCUGUGUGCAGGGUGGAUAUGGGGAGACCUGUGAGAUCCUCAUCCAGCACCACAGCAGACUCUUCCAGACCCUCAUACAGAUGACACAAAACGAGGAAAUGAAAGAGAGCAUGCUCCGGCAGGUUCUGGAGUAUGUCUCUCAGCAGAGUGACAGUCAUUACCAGACGAUUCUGACCAGUCUUGCUGAAGUGGCUACCACCAAUGGACAUAAGCUUCUCAGCCUGUCCAGCAGUUAUGAGGCUCAGAUGAAGAGUCUGCUGAGAAUCGUUCGUAUUUUCUGCCAUGUGUUCCUCCUGGGGCCUUCAUCACCAAACAAUGGCAAUGAUAUGGGCUACAACGGCAACAAGACCCCUCGCAGCCAGGUGUUUAAGAUGAUUACGAGGCAGAUGGAGGUGGAGACCGUACAAAAAGAUGAAUGUCCCUGGACAGGUUCUGCUUUCUUUGAUCCGAUGGAGCUGCUGUGGCACUCCCUGGACGAGUGGCUGGUGCUUAUCUCCACAGAGCUGGACAGGAACAGGAAGAACCCGUCCUCCUCCUCCUCCAGCAGCGAGAUAGCCUCUCUGCUCCUCAAACAGCGGGAGGCGGAGCACUCAGGCUCCACGCCCUCGCUGCCCUCGCUGCUCGACCCUCAGACGGGGAUGGAGACGGAGGUGUACGCGGACGGGGAGGACGUUAUCUCCAUGACAGCCAGCCGCCUCAGCGCCGUGAUCCAGGCCUUCUACAUGUGCUGCUCCUGUCAGAUGCCACAAGGAAUGACGUCCCCUCGCUUCAUAGAGUUUGUUUGCAAACAUGGCGAGGUGCUCAAGUGUUUUGUAACCAGGAAUCCAAAGAUCAUCUUUAACCACUUCCAUUUCCUCCUGGAGUGUCCAGAGUUGAUGUCACGCUUCAUGCAUAUCAUAAAGGGCCAGCCCUUCAAGGAACGCUGUGAGUGGUUCUACGAGCAUCUGCAUGCCGGCCAACCAGACUCAGACAUGGUUCAUCGCCCGGUCAAUGAGAACGACAUCCUGCUGAUCCACAGAGAUUCUAUAUUCAGGAGUAGCUGUGAAAUGGUUUCUAAGUCCACCAAUGAGAAACUCAAACAGGGCAUCGCUGUUCGUUUCCAUGGCGAGGAGGGGAUGGGUCAGGGGGUGGUCCGGGAGUGGUUUGACGUCCUGUCCAAUGAGAUCAUCAACCCAGACUACGGUCUGUUCACACAGUCAGCUGAUGGCACCACUUUUCAGCCCAACAGUAACUCGUCGGUGAACCCGGACCACCUAAACUACUUUCAGUUUGCGGGUCAGAUCCUUGGUCUGGCUCUUUACCACCGGCAGCUGGUCAACAUCUAUUUCACCCGCUCCUUCUACAAACACAUUCUGGGCAUCCCAGUGAACUACCAGGACGUGUCGUCAAUCGAUCCAGAGUACGCCAAGAACCUGCAGUGGAUUCUGGACAACGACAUCAGUGAUCUGGGUCUGGAGCUCACCUUCUCCGUAGAGACGGAUGUGUUCGGGGCCAUGGAGGAAAUGCCGCUUAAACUGGGAGGGACCAGCAUUCUCGUCACCCAGGAAAACAAGGCCGAGUACGUGCAGCUGGUGACGGAGCUGAGGAUGACGCGGGCCAUCCAGCCUCAGAUAAACGCCUUCCUGCAAGGAUUCCACACGUUCAUCCUCCCCUCGCUCAUUCAACUUUUCGAUGAAUACGAAUUGGAGCUCCUGCUGUCAGGGAUGCCAGAGGUGGAUGUGGAGGACUGGUACAGGAACACAGAGUACACCAGUGGCUACGACCCUCAGGAGCCGGUCAUCAAGUGGUUCUGGGAGGUGGUGCACAGUCUGACCCAGGGGGAGCGGGUUCUGCUGCUUCAGUUUGUCACUGGAAGCUCCAGGGUUCCUCACGGGGGCUUUGCCUUCCUGAUGGGGGGCAGCGGGCUACAGAAGUUCAGCAUCGCUGCAAUGCCAUUCACCUCCAACCUGCUGCCUACCUCCAGCACCUGUAUCAACAUGCUGAAACUCCCAGAGUACCCGAGCCAGGAGGUCCUGAGAGACCGGCUGCUCGUAGCACUGCAUUGUGGGAGCUACGGCUACACCAUGGCGUGAACACCUCAUCGUUGUGCUGCUGUGAGUGUGUGCAGACUGCUCUGUGUAGUCAGACGCUGCUCAUGCUGGACAUCACAAAGGGAACGCCUCUGACUAAUGAGCUGCUGUAGAGGAGCACAGACUGAUGGAGGGACAGGUUCUGGAUCCAUACCUGUGCCAGAACCUCAACUUCCUUAUUAUCAUUAUUCAAGCUGUUAUCUGCUAAUUAUGCAAAUUGUUAUUUAGUAUCUUCUGAAUAUCACUAUUUUCAUGCAGUUAUCUGAUGAAGACAGCAUUUAUACCACAAAUCAUUUACUGAAGACACAGGAUAAUAAUGAUAAUCACGAUUAAGCAUAUUCAUGCAUGCUUACUGAAUGUCAAAUAUGGAUUUAGCAUAUGGAGCUCUCCAUAUGGAACCCGUGCAUAGAAUCAAUUUCCCUGCAUCAUAUCCAUAUCACAGCUUCACAGUGCAGAGGUCAGGCGCACAGACACAGAACUGCGCGUCCUAGUAGCUCUUCUCCAGAUCCAAAACCACACACUAUCACGACUGGGUGUUAUUAGAGGAUCACAACGCGAAGGUUCGAAUAUGAAAGCUGAUUUUGAUACUUUAUUGCACUGUGGAGGAACCUACUUUGUUUGUUAUGUUUGCCAAACUUUGAAACAUAUAGUCAAAUCAAAGCACUUAAUGACCAAAAAUGUCUAGUCACAUUCAAGCCUUUGUUGAUAGGUGAUGAUUGCAUUCCAAAACCAUAAGCAUUACAAAGCAGCUACACAGCAUGAGUCCUGAUGGAGGCUGAUGGCUGGAGCUCCUCACACCAGAGAAGCCUUUGUUUCUGCAGCUGGCUGUGUGCACGUUGAGAGGAGGGAGGAAAGGGCCAAGCACACACUGUUGGCUCAGAGUGGGAAGAACACUGUCUGUCUGUGUAUGUUGUAAUAUUAGGAUUAAAGCUGCUUUCACAUGAUGCACGAUUAGCUCUUAUCGCACCGUGGUGUUGGGGGGGCAGAGCCUGGCUGUGGUACUAAUGGUUACCUCCCCUGCUAGCUUAAGAUAAGAUGGACUUGUAUUGAUCCCCAUUGGGAAAUGCAGGUGUUAAAGCAGCAACAGAAUAAGACAGUAACCCAAAGUAAACAUGAGAAUACACACAAGGAUAAUAAUAAUAACAAAAUAAACAUGUAGUAACAGUAUAAAUGUACACAGCAAGGUUAAAUAUCUACACAUUUAAAUGUGCGGGUGAAAGUUCUAUGUGUUGUAAAGGCUUGCGCCGCUACACAUAGCUGUUAUCUGAUCAGUAAGUGCACCUACAGCUCAAUGGCAAACAAGGUCAAAGUAGAAAUCAUCUGAAUUUUAUACGCAGCGCUUGGUGACAAUUUCAAGUGGUGCGCAACGUCGAGGGAAGCGCUCCCGCCUAGUUGGACACUAUUCUCUCCAUAGAAACACGUCAUUGCACAGCCGGUUUACCUUCAUUAGGACAAAUAGUCUCUAACCAGAAGAAAUAGACCCAGAACACGUGAUCACAGUGAGGUUGCUUUUAUUAUUUUGAGUGGUUUAAAUGAGGCUACGAUUGGAAGAUGAUUUACUACACCGCCAUUUUCCCCUGUGCAUAUCAUGAAUAUCAUUCGCAAAAAUAUGCGUUGCAUGAGGCGGGCUGUCUGUAAAGGAUUGGAGAAUUCAAAUUCCAGAGACGAUUUGUCAGAAAAUACAUUUGAGAUAACGAUACAAAAUAAUGCCAAUAAUACCAACACAGUGAGGAAAAGGGGAAUUUAUUUCUUGAUUUUCUACCAAAUACAUAUUAAAAUGAGCGCUGCCAAGUAUAGAUAUUUAUUGACUUUGAUUUGGAGUGUAUUGUAGCCGAUGAGUGUGCAGACUGAACAUGGAUAUUAAUCCCAGUCACUACACGUGCUGUAUGACUCAGGUUACUUCCAUCUGGCUUCUUCGCUGCAUGAACCCCUUCAUCCAAGUGAUAACUUUCUGUUUGUGUGUGUUCUUGUUUUUGACAAGCAGCAAUACCUGAUCUACAUGAACGUGUCUGGCUUGCAGUGCCAAAAACGUAAUGCUGAAAUCAUUUUAUUCAUGUUGAUGUCUUUCAUUUGUAUAUUUGCCUUCUCAAACAUGCUGAAAAUGAGUUUUUAUCCAAAAGAGACGGGAGCAUGCCAUGAGGUCUUUCCGUAUGUAAAGAGAGUGUAUUUCAUAUUUCACAUUAUUUAUCAGUAUUGAUUUGAAGGCCUUAUCAGAAAUGCUUUUGUAAACAGUUGUUCAUGUUUAUUGAAAAUGGAUCCUUUAUAGAUAUUUCUCCAGCAUCAAAUGAUGUAUUUUACCAUAAAUGUACGCUGUGCUUUGAGUUUGUAUUCAAAUAAAAAAUGUUUUGACAAUC